AUGAAAGUCGACGGUGGCAAAAACCCUCGUGUGGUAGAAAUGACCCGCAAGGAAAUCCUAGAAGAGAAAAAAAUUGGCUACGCGGGGAUAAAACUAGAUUUUGAUUUAACCUCGCAAGAAAAGUCCAUGAUUAAAGACCCUGUUUUAGACACCUGUGCAGAUUUAAAAGAAUUUCGCGAAGCACCUCCCAAUAGUGAUCGCUGA